GAUGGACCUGUCCCCUUUGACACUGAAGUCUGAAAACACCUCUUCUACCAGCCAAUCCCCUGAGCGCUGGGGUUGGAAUCACAGGCAGUCUGUCUGCUCACAGAAAAAGCACUCUGCAAAUUCUAAUCUCUCAGGCAAAAGUUUCACAGGUGGUGGACGAUGGAGCUUCUUGUGAAUGUAAGAAAAUGGAUAGAAGAAAACAAAACUGCCUUUUUGCCACCUGUUUGCAAUAAGCUUAUGCAUCGCUAUCAAUUAAAUGUGAUGUUUGUUGGAGGGCCAAAUGAAAGGAAGGAUUAUCAUAUUGAAGAAGGAGAAGAGCUUUUUUACCAGGUUCAAGGAGAUAUGUGUUUAAAGAUAAUUGAAAAUGGGAGACAAAAAGACGUUGUCAUCCGAGAGGGGGAGAUGUUCCUGCUACCUGCCAGGAUACCUCACUCUCCUCAGAGAUAUGAAAACACUGUGGGUCUUGUGGUUGAGAGGGAAAGAUUAAAAACAGAAAUUGAUGGGCUAAGAUAUUAUGUUGGAGAAUCAACUAAUGUCCUCUUUGAAAAGUGGUUUCAUUGUGAAGAUCUUGGCACUCAACUUAUACUAAUAAUUCAAGAGUUUUUCAAUUCAAGGCAAUAUAAAACUGGAAAACCAAACCCAGAUGAACUCCUGAAAGAAACACCUUUCCCACUGAACUCCACUUCUGUUAUGGAGCCAUUUUCCUUCUCAGGUUGGUUAAAUGAUCAUCGUGGUGAAAUUAAACAGAAGAAAUCCUUGAGUAUGUUUGGAGAUAACUUCGAAACAGAGGUUAUAGCUUAUGGACCAGGAACAACUGAGAAAAGUAAAAAGAAUUCGGAUAUCUGGAUAUGGCAGCUGGAGGGCACAUCAGCUGUUGCCAUGGAUGGCAAAACCCUGAGUCUCUCUGCUGGUGACAGCCUGCUUGUCCGUGCCCAGUCUACGUACUGCUGGAAAAGAGCAGAAGAAUGCAUUGCUCUCUGCAUCGCUCAGGAUCCAAAACGCAAGCAGCCUUAUAAAUAACUCCUGUGCCAGUUGGCUUUGAUGAUAACCAAGUUUUAACCUACCUAUCUUAAUUAUAUUUUACUCAGAAUGCCUGGAAAUUUGAAUACUCUGACACAAUGAUUAAGUGGAGUCAAGUGGUGUGCCAAAUUAAAAUAUUUUCCCCAAGUAGUUAAAGUUUUAGCAAAAUUUAUAAUCAGUAUUUUUUUAAGGUCUGGUGGUUUGUUUGAUAUUAUCUGAAAGGAAAUGACAACAUAUCCAAGUAGCAGGAUUACGUAUCUAAUAAUACAUGAUACUAGAUGAAAUUAGAGUCUUUUGAAAUGCAAGUCUCUGCCACAAGAUGUAGAAAAGGAGAUGGGACACAUACUGUUACACUGCUUAGGUAAUAGUUUUUACUUCUUUGUAAUAGAUUUUUUAUUUAUAAUAAAUUAAUACAACACUAGCUACCCAGCCUAGCUUCCAGUAGCAAAGCUUUAAUUGGUAGUAGUUCAGAGAUCCUCUGAGAUCUUUGGAUAAAAGUUUGUUUGGUUUUUUAAAGGCCCUAUCUGCUCCACUCCUUGAGAACUUCAGUGCUUUGUGAAAGAGAAGAAGGUGCAUUAGUAAAAGGGAAGCUGUGCCUGCAACAACAUCAGGCAUUGCUUAGACCACCACUGUACUUGCUACAGGUACAAGUUAUUCCCAGUUUCCCAGAUGCAGCAGUGCAGUGUCAAUCACAGUGAUCAGCAGUACCCUACAUGCCAUGCAGGAUGAUGUGUGCAUGCUACACUGAACAUAACACUGAAAUGGGACUAACAAGAUCACCUGGGUCAGGUGAAUUCUCAAGUCAAAGUAGCCUUAAGACGUAUGUUGGGGGAUAAGAGAGCAGAAAAAUUAUUAUAAUCAGUUUCUAUUAACUGCUGCUUCUUUUCAGACAAUGAAGUUUUUGCAGAAAUAAUAAAUGUCAAAUUAUAUUUUGCCGUUUUUAUUCCGAGAACUUUGCAGAAGAGUUUUAGUUUGGGUUUUGGUUUUAUUUAAUUGCUCUUCACAUUGUCAACAUCAGAAAUCAAUUAAUUAUUUGAGAAAGCAAAAGUCACGGUUUCCUGGUUUUUUAUUUAAUUCUAAUUUAGUUCAGAAAUAUAUUUGUUUAAUCUAUCACCUACAAAGCUCAUUAAACUGAGAUGUCAUA